AUGACAGAGGAAUAUGAUGCGCUUAUUAAAGCCGGAACGUGGACCCUCGUGCCGCGACCGGUUGCUACUAACAUUGUUAGCUCUUUGUGGAAUUACUUGCACAAAUUCAACGGCGACGGCAAAAUCACGCGACACAAAUCACGUCUCGUAGCCAACGGGAAAUCUCAGCAAACCGGCGUUGAUUGCGACGAAACAUUCAGUCCAGUAGUCAAACCAACGACUAUCCGUGCCUUCCUUCACGUCGCCAUCAACAAAGACUGGCCGAUUCGUCAACUCGACGUCAAAAACGCCUUCUUACACGGAAAACUUGAAGAAACUGUGUACAUGCAUCAACCACCAGGAUUUGUCGAUCUGACCAAACCGGACCACGUUUGUCUUCUCAAGCGAUCUCUCUACGGUUUGAAACAGGCUCCUCGUGCCUGGAACAAACGUUUCUCCGACCAUGCCCGCACAAUCGGCUUCAAACAGAGUAUCUCCGAUCCUUCUCUGUUUAUUCUUUCUCGCGACAGAGAGAUAGCCUAUCGAUUACUCUAUGUUGACGACAUCGCUCUCACGGCCUCCUCUCAACAACUCCUUGACCGGAUCAUCAAGGCACUCGCAUCGGAGUUUGAGAUGAGUGACUUGGGUUUGCUCCAUUAUUUUCUCGGCAUCUCCUUCAAACGUGACAAGCACGGUCUUUCUCUUCACCAGCAAAACUAUGCUGCGGACAUACUACACCGUGCCGGCAUGACCGAUUGUAACCCCUGCCUUACACCGUGCGACACCAAAUCCAAACUCUCCGCCGACGACAGUCCACCAAUGUCUGAUCCGACCCUAUAUCGCCGCCUUGCCGGAGCGCUUCAAUAUCUCACCUUCACGCGUCCCGACAUCGCAUACGCUGUCCAACAAAUCUGCCUCUUCAUGCAUGAUCCACGCGAAAGGCAUUUCAGUGCCCUCAAACGGAUCCUCCACUAUCUCAAAGGCACACUCUCUCACGGUCUUCGAAUGUACCGCUCUGCACCUUCUGACAUAGUCGCUUACUCCGACGCCGAUUGGGCCGGAUGUCCGGGCACAAGACGCUCGACUUCAGGUUACUGUGUCUAUCUCGGCCCCAACCUAAUCUCAUGGUCCUCUAAAUGUCAAGCCACCAUCUCUCGAUCCAGUGCAGAGGCCGAAUAUCGUGGAGUCGCAAAUGCAGUUGCCGAGACCACAUGGAUCCGUACUCUGCUUCUUGAAAUGAAGAUUCCUAUUCCUCGUGCCACAAUUGUCUUCUGUGACAACGUCUCCGCCAUAUAUAUGUCGUCUAAUCCAGUGCAACACCAACGCACUAAACACAUUGAGAUUGACAUUCACUUUGUCCGUGAAAAGGUCGCUAUCGGCCAAGUCAAGGUCUUCCAUGUACCCUCCGCUUAA